AUGGCGGCAGAGAGGGUGUUCUUGUCGCUGUCUUUGGCCGAAGAGACGUUGGCGGUGACGGUUCUUUUUAGGUCCACCGUUGCCGAGAUCUGGUGCUCCGCCACAGUCCGCUCUUUCGAAGCCAUCGACUCGGGGGAAAUCAGCGGUAUUCCACCACCGCCCAGAUCUGGUGCUCCGCUGUCAGUUCCGCGUCCAAGGCCAUCGAUUAGGCGCAAACAGUGA